UGGAAUACAACAGUGAAUCGAACAGCUUCUCUAACAGCUGUGAACCAUCUGAGAUCUUCAAGAUACAUAACUAUGCUGUACCUUCAUUUCUGCAGUCAUUGCUGGGAUGGAAAACAGUCCCAGAUUUAUCCAUUCCAGUUUCAUAGUAUUGCGCUCUCCACAUUUGGAUCAUUGAUUGGACCAUUUGGAGGAUUCUUUGCCAGUGGCUUUAAGAGAGCUUUUAAAAUUAAGGAUUUUGCUGACACCAUUCCCGGACAUGGUGGAAUUAUGGAUCGCUUUGACUGUCAGUACCUGAUGGCAACCUUUGUACAUGUUUACAUUGCCAGUUUUAUAAGAGGUCCCAAUCCGAGCAAAGUCUUGCAACAGCUUCUCGUGCUACAACCCGAACAACAACUAAGCAUCUACAAAGUGUUUAAGGCACAUUUAAUUGAGAAAGGAGUAAUUCCAGCAUCAGUUUCUGAUCUGUAA